AGUUGCUGGGCGUCGUCCCCUCCCGCUCGGCCCCGCCGGAAACCCGAGCUCCGGAAGAGAGGUUCCGGGCCGGCCGGGCCUGGCGGUGGCCGAAUGGAGACCGAGACUGAGGACGAGCGAUCGGCCACACACCCCACGCUGGCCUCUUCCUGGGAUGCCGCGUGCGGGGCCCUGGGCCGGAGCCUCCGUGUCCGCCGAGCCCAGGACUCGGACUGGGAUGAGCUGCUGGCGCCGCCUUCUUCGGGCCGGGACCUGGUGAGUCUGAAAAGGAGCCGGAAGAGCCCGGAUGAAGAGCCCUGCUUCCUGUCCCUGAGCUGCGGCCCGAGUGGAGGUGAAGAAGUCGUUUCUGUUGGCAUUUUAAGUUCAGCAAGAAAUAUGGAAGUGUACUUAGGCGAGGAGUACUGUGGCACCAGUAGGGGCAGGCGUGUUGGUAAUGUGCUGGAUUCCAGCGAGCAUGGAAAGAUUAUUUUGUACAAAAAAUUUCUAAAAUUGGAGUCCGCUGCACAAGCUUGUAAAAUAAAGUUGCUCUCCUUUGGUGAAAGGCCGUGUGUGUUCGUCAGUAAAGUGGUGGCGCACGUGCGGCCCGGCCCGGCGAAGCCUCCCGCCAGCUGUCCUGCUCUGGGGUCCAGGGUGGACCUGGAGAGGGUGCACACCAUGGUGGCGGCCGUGGGGUCCACGCUGUCACCUGGAGCUCAGCAGCUGAUGAGUAUGGUCAGGCUCCAGCAGCAGCGCUGCAUUCCCCUGGGGGAGCAGCUGCAGGCGGUUUUGGGGAGCGCUGCCUGCAAGCGAGUGCUGGGCCUGCGGGCCUCGGCGCCCUCGGGAGCCUGCGACGGGCCGACCUGCGCACCUGCCCCCCUCAGAGCCGGGCUGACGUCGGGACGCGGGACUGAAGACGUGAGAGCUCCCCGGGAUGAGAGCUCACGGCCCCCCGGGGGAGGGCACCCCGCCCCCCUCGGAGGGUGGGGCAGUGCGCCCCAGAGCCAUCCUCUCCCCGGGAGGGACCUUCAGCUCGCGGCGUCCUUCUUACCAAAGGGAGCGAGUGACAGCCCCGGGGCCCCUGCCCCCGAGCUGCUGCCCAUCCUCCAGGAUGUGUGCGGUCAGGUGCGCCGUCUCCGUGGGCCACAGAGCGCCGCGUGGCCGGGACACGUCCCCGCGCCCAGCGAAGGCGGCGUUGGUUCCGGGAUGGGAGAGCCGCCCGCCUGCUCCUACUUGGAGAAGAUUCUGUCUAAGAAGCUGGAGCUGAUGGAGAGGAGACUGACGGACCACCUGGACGAGCGGCUGCGCGCCCUGCAGGAGCACAUCGACGGCAAGGUGGCGCUGCUGGCGCGCUCGCUGCAGAGCCCCGGCUCCCCGCCCCCGGGGCUGCCGCUCACACGCUGUGACUCUGGGGACGGACUCUCCAACGGAGAGAGAUAGGCGCUCCGCGGGCGCCGUGCAUGCACGUGUUUAUGGCCUAUUUAUUACAACGCAGCCCAGAGCUCAGACCAGUGUUUCUGUCAUUGGGGAUCAGCAUCCUACUUGCAUCAAGUGACCUCAGCGUUCGUUUCCCUGUGCUUGUGACGUGACCCCGUGACCCCUAAGAGCGGAUGACCUUCCCUGUGCUUGUGACGUGACCCCGUGACCCCUAAGAGCGGAUGACCUUCCCUGUGCUUGUGACGUGACCCCGUGACGUGACCCCCGGUCCUCCCCUGAGAGCGGAUGACCUUCCUGUGCUUGUGACGUGACCCCGUACCUGAGUGUGCGCGGGAUCGGGUCAGGAGUUAUUUUUGUUUGCAGAGUUGUUCGCUCUCACAGAAAUGUACACAAACUUCUGUGUUUAAGUCUUUAAAUAUUUAAGGAUUUCUAGUUCAGUUCAUUAGUGUGUAAUGUGAAUGUAUUUGAAGUAUGCACUGUUUUAUAAAAAGACCUUAUAUUUUAGGGAUAUGGGGAACAUGGUUAGACAUUUGUUUUUUCUUUUCUUAAUUGUUCGUCUCAGUAAGAAACUAGUUGUGUUUGGCAUUUGUAAAUUAGUGUCCAUUAGGGCCAUUGGUUUUCGUUCGUUCUUACUGUAGCUGCAGAAGGAAAGUACAAUCGAAAUGGCCGCUUUGUUAGAAUUAUUUAGGGUGAGUGGUUGACGCAAAACGAGAGAAUAUUGUGCUGUCCCGCCCCCCGGAAACCGCGGGGACUCCCCUUGCCGCGCCGGGCGAGGCGUGUGGCAGCUCGCCGUCAGGAAGCUAACUGUUGCGUGUGCUGACGGUGGUGUGUUUGCAUCCAAGAAUGAGUGCGGCUGCUCUGGAAACAGUCCAAUGGGAAUAAAGUGGUGACAUUCUGGA